UAGUUUGCUUUUUGUAAAGUACGUUGGAAGUCUUCAUUUCUUUGAAAAAUGACUGGCCGUGGUAAAGGAGGAAAAGGUUUGGGAAAGGGAGGAGCAAAGCGCCAUCGUAAAGUUUUGCGCGACAACAUCCAAGGAAUCACGAAGCCCGCCAUCCGUCGUCUGGCUCGUCGUGGUGGAGUCAAGCGUAUCUCUGGCUUGAUCUAUGAGGAAACCCGAGGUGUUUUGAAGGUGUUCCUUGAAAAUGUCAUUCGUGAUGCAGUCACGUAUACUGAGCACGCCAAGAGGAAGACUGUCACUGCUAUGGACGUUGUCUAUGCUUUGAAACGUCAAGGACGUACUUUAUAUGGUUUCGGAGGUUAAAUUCAGAAUUUAUUCUGGUAUUCAGUGUAACAAUCGGCCCUUUUCAGG